AUGGAUUCUACUACCUCUUCGGUGGCCAUGUUUCCUCUAGUUAAUAAGGAUUAUAUUACCUCCUCGGUGACUACAUUUCCUUUGUUUAACAAGGAUUCUACUAAUUCUUUGGUGGCUAUGUUUUCUCUAGUCAAUGAGGAUUAUACUACCUCUUCAGCGGCUACAUUUCCUUUAUUUAAUAAGGAUUUUACUAGUUCUUCAGCGGCUAUCGACUACAUUUUCUUUGUUUAA